AUGUUCAUCGCCCUCGCAAUAUUCUCGAUUCUCGCCCAACUCGGCGAUGGAAUGAUUCUCAAUAAACGUGCGUCGAAGGAAAAUGGUCGCAGCUCGAAUGGGAUACGGAUUCAAAAAAUCGCGAAAAUGGAUGGAAUCGAUCAUCAGAUGGUGAGGGAUGAGAAUAAGACGCUGAUUCGAAUCUCGCCAGAAGCCGGCGACGAGCUUUUACAGCACUGGGCGAAUCAGGCGAUGUCGGGAUUAAUGGCAGCGGUGGCUGCGAAGAAAAUAAGAAGCGGAAUGCUCACGAGACGCGACAAAUUGUCCCACAACAAUUGUACGAAUGAAGCGCAAAAUUUGAGGGACCACGCGAAUUGUGUCGUCGAGCUGUUCCAUCGCACCAAAUUGCAUUAUUUGCGGAACGCCAAAAAUCGUCGACGGCGGCGAGUGAAGCGCGAAAUUCCGUGGAAAAUCGAGACGAAAUCGAAUUUCGAGUUGAUCGAUGAGAAGAAAAAAUCGCCGUUGGCUCUCAUUGCUCAACAAUUGACGAAACUGCUGCACGAGGAGAAGAAGAAGAGCAAUCCGAAAAAGGUGCUGAAAAACUGGAAGCAGGUGCUGGACGAGAUCAAAGCCGAAAUCAAGGAGAGGAAAAAGAAGAAGAAGGCGAUGAGGAGAAUUCGGAAGAAGUUUGAGAACUACUCGCGAAUGAUGCGCGGAAUUGGCGUCGAUCCGAAAUCGGGAUUCGAGGCGAUGGGAAUCGAGGAGAUCAUCGACGAUGAUGAGAAUGGGAGCGAUGAGAUGUUGCCGAAAAACAUGACCGAUGAGCAAAAAGCUUUCAAGAAUGCCAUUUUGACAAUUCGAGAAGGUGUCAAGUUAGGCUUAAUGCUUAAUGGUACGAACACAACGAAUUUUGAUGAGCGCAAAAUCGCCAUAUUCUCGCCUCAAUUUAUGAGUGUUUUCCCUGAUGAGCACACGAAUCAAACGGUCAAUCUUUUGUCGCCUUCGGUUUUGGCUCUUCAUGAGCAGGGAAGCGAUUUGGAGAAGAAUCUGUCGCUGGCGAAGACGUUCCGAAUUAUUGCCGAAUCCGGACAGGAGGAUUGGAUGAAUUUUGUGUUUGAGGCUUCUGGAGUCACUGAAGCCGUUGAGAGAAUGAAGGAACAAGAGAGGAAGGAGGAAGAGGAAGUGUGGCAGAAAAGAAUGCACGAUGAGAACGGCAAACCGUUGUAUUUCACCAAAGAAAAUGUGACGGAAAUGUACGGCGAAUAUGAGGCGUCGAAAGUCGACCGAAUGAAGCUACUUCAUAAAUCACUGACAAAUGAGCAGCUCAAAGAACUCAAUUCGACGGGAUUCGCUGUGAUGACACCUCGACAACUCCACGUUUUAUAUGGUCCCGGAAGCCCAUACAACGAUUCGAAAGCCCUCGAGAAUUUCAGAAAUUUGAGCAGAAGCGAUGUUGGAAAAUUGCUCGAAGCUAAUAUCAAAUUAUUGGCGAAAGAGGAGAACGCGUUCAAAAUUUCGAAAAGAAAGGAUAUUGUACUGUCGCCGGUGGUUUUCAGCUCAUUAGUUCUCGCCCCCGACGUCGUCUCUCAAUCAAUCGUCCUGUCGCCGUUGGUCUUCUCACCUCUCAUCCUCUCCCCAUCAGCGCUCGGUCCGCUGAUCCUCUCCCCCUGGAUUUUCAGCCCCCUCAUCCUUUCCCCAAGAGUGUUGGGCCCCAUAAUCCUUUCGCCAACCAUAUUCUCGCCGAUCAUUCUUUCUCCAAUGUGCCUCGGUCCGUUGAUCCUUUCUCCGGCCGUCGCCGACCCGUUGAUUCUCUCGCCAUUCGUUCUCAACCCGUUCAUCCUCACCCCGCUGGUAAUGGUGCCGGUGAUUCUCAAUCCAUUCUGCCUCUCGCCACUUCUUGGCGUGCCGAACACACUGUCGCCAUUGAUUCUGUCGCCAUUCGUACUAUCCCCAUUCAUAUUCUCGCCGCCAUUCGUCAACGCCUUCGUGCUCUCGCCGUAUGCGCUUUCACCAAUUCUACUCUCAGACGGUCAAUUGUUCACCGCUGUGUUGUCGCCGAGUUGGUUGAGCUCAUUGUGA